UAUUACCUUUACUUGUCAAAAAUCUGUCUUUAUUCGUUUGAAAAGAUGUCUAUCGAUGCCAUACGUCAGUUCAUAAAGAAAUCCGUUCCGGUGCCUAUCAUUAUGAAUACGCUUCGUCUCAUUCUGACCAUGCCGGCAUCAUCGGCACGAUUUCUCAUCAAGGAUUUGACGAAACCGACUCAAUUGCAAUCACAAUGGAUUAAAUAUAUCGCAAAGGACCAUUGGAAAGGGGCUUUUAUCGGACCGUCCCUGGCGAGCGCCACCGAAAGCGAAGCCGUCGCACAGGUUUCUCAAGCGGACCUUGUAAUCUUUAAUAUCCAUGGCGGUGCUUUCCGCGUAGGGCAUUGUACAAUGUACAUGGAUGCGUUCAUACGGUGGCUUCAACUACUGAAAACGCGACAUGGUUUGAAUGCGGUUAUCUUCUCCAUCGAAUAUGGAUUGGCGCCUGAAAACAAAUAUCCGGGACCAGUGAUGGAAUGCAUGGCUGCAUUCGAGUACCUGACGAAAACAUUGCAGGUACCUGCAUGUCAAAUCGUGUUGACGGGUGAUUCGGCAGGAGGCACGUUGUGUCUCGAGACACUCGUUCGGCUAUUCGCUCCAGAUCUCAUGGACGAAGACGGCGGCGACGCCGCCGACACCGCCGCAGCUCGAUGUAGUAGCGACCACCACGAUAUUGACAUUCCGGCCGGCCUAGUGCUAGUAUCGCCGUUGGUUUCACCAAAUACCGAAGCAUGGCUUUGGCAGCAGAACGAUUUCGUAUCUCCGCGAUUAGCUGCAUGCGUGCAACAUGAAUAUUUCAAUGUUUCCACCGAAUCCAUUGCUGAUCUGCCGUUGUCUCGGUUAAGUUUAUUGGAGUCGGAUUUCGUACGAUUUUUGCCACAACACCUGGCUGUGUACGUGGGCAACAGGGAGGUGAUGCGGGAUGAUAUUCUGACGAUGGCGCGUCGAAUCACACAAGAUCAUCUGCGACACGGUCGUGGAGUGCAUGUCAACAUCUACAGCGAGGAUUAUGCGCAUGAUUGGUAUUUCAUCCGGGAAAUUGUACCCGUCCGUCAACGCGCAGCGAUAUUCGAUAAACAUGAUGCCCAAUUCACGGAUUUCUGCGUGCAUGCACUUCAACAAACGGUAAAGGCAAACAAGGCAGUACCAGUUGUACAGAUUGGAAAACAACAACCGAUGACAUCCAUGAUAGCCACCCGUGACACUGUAAUCUGAUCGGAAAGAAGGCAAAAAGGCAAAAAAAAGGAGAUUUGUACGAGAUCAUUCUUUUGCAGAUGCAGAAGAAUUUUUUUCCUUUUGGUAUUUCUCUGCAGAUGUAGGUGUGUUUGUUGUUGUUGUUGUUGUUUUGCUAUUGCCUUGUAGUGUAUAAAUUUUUUUAAGUUUGACGUUCAGUUGAAACGGUGUUUAUUAAUAGUACCUGCGGAUGGGUUUCACAAGAAGAUAUUUUUUUUCAUACUUUUUUGCGAGUUAUGGCAUUGAAAUGGAUGGAAUGGAAGGAGACAGAAGGACAUCGAAUCCUACAUCAUGAUCAUCGAAGGAAAAAGGAAGCAUAAGGAAGAGAUGAUAAAAGAAAAGAUGACAAAAGAGCCAACAGAAAUUUAUGCCAUUCAUAAACCGGUGCACUAUGGGAUUUGCCAAGAAGUGCCAACCGGAAGAAAAAAGAGCG